AUCGAAAAAAUAUGUUAUUGUCACUGAAUUUAUUAUGUACUAAUCGGAUUUGUUAAACAUGUUCCAUUUGUAGUGUAGGCUAAUUCAUUGUGCUAAAAUUAUAUGCUAAUUAUGUUCUGACCCGCCGACUAUUAGCUCAGAAAAAAAUUGGGCCGAGGCCAAACAUAGUUGACGAACCCUCAACAGUAUGUACUCCUGUUUAAGACAAUAUGAUUGUUGUUGUUUUUUUACUUCCUUUUUGCUAAGAAGUAGCUGAUAGAUAGUUUAUAAGCCUGCCUGUUAGAUAAAUAUAAUACCUAGAUAUAAGGCUGUCGAUACACGCCAUCACAGUAGGUGGAGCAUUACACUUCGCUUAGUGCGGCCCACACUAGCUAGCUGAACUUGAAAGAAGAAGACAUUUUUACAGACUGGUUAGCUAGCUGUCUGGGCUAAAUCGAUGUAGCUUAUUGCUGGUUGUAUUUGAUUUGCAUGCUGUAGUUUUUUGUCUAAGUCCGUCCGUCAAGAGCGGCUUUGUUGUUGUAGCUGAUGUUGUUAGCCAGAAUACAGUUAGCUGGCUAAAUAGCUAGCUAGCCUCUGCGUUCAUUUCGCUGGCCUACAUUUUCCUAUCAAGAUGCCGCUGGGUUUGAAACCAUGUUGCGCUGUCUGCAAAACAAACUCAUCGUCUAUGUGGAAAAAGGGAAACCAAGGAGAGAUCCUGUGCAAUAACUGUACGGGGAAGAGCACCAGCAGUGGAGCAUCUGGACCCUCUGCGUCCUCCAACACACAGCAGAAUAAUGUCGGGGGCAAGCAGUCUAAACAAGAGAUCCACAGGAGAUCAGCACGGUUGAGGAGCACCAAGUACAAAAACCCUGCUACCGAAAAAAAGGUCUCUACCAAAGGAAAAGGAAGAAGACACAUCUUCAAACUAAAAAAUCCAAUCAAAGCACCAGAAUCUGUUUCCACUAUCAUCACAUCAGAAUCAGUCUUUUAUAAGGGUGUGUAUUAUCAGAUAGGAGAUGUCAUCAAAGUUACAGAUGAGGAUGAUGGGAGGCCAUACUAUGCACAGAUCAGAGGUUUUGUCCAGGACCAAUACUGUGAGAAAAGUGCAGCCUUGACUUGGUUGAUACCAACCCAGGCCAGUCCUAAGGACCUGUUUGAUCCUGCCACUUACAUUGUUGGUCCAGAGGAGGAUUUUCCCAGAAAGAUGGAGUACCUGGAGUUUGUGUGCCACGCCCCCUCGGAGUACUUCAAGUCCAGGAGCUGUCCUUUCCCAACCAUUCCUAUCCGUCCAGAGAAAGGCUACAUCUGGACCCAUAUUGGACCCACGCCAGCCAUCGCUAUCAAAGAAUCUUUUGGCAACAGCAAUUAGCUGCUGGGGCAUUUACCAUGAAGAUAUUAACUUUGUCUGUUAGCUUGCUAACGGACGUAUGUACAUUUUUGUAAUAUAAUGGAGACAAGUUUAGGCUGUAUAAGACACAUUAUUAGUCUUUGAAUAUGGAAACUGGUUUGUAAACAUCCACAAUCUAAAUGUAACAUCUUGAACAGUACGAUAACUACCCAUGAAAUGAUCAUCCAGAGGUGACACCAUCAAACAUGGGAUUGACUUUGAUAUUCAGUAAUGUGGAAAAUACGUUUUCAAAAGCUUUGUUUACUAGAAUGCUUUUAAAACAAUCAACUUAAUUUUCUUUAGACAUUUGUGUCAUUCAUGUGAAGUGUUUAACGAAUAUUAGAUCGAGACCAACUAACAUUUUUAAAUAAAGAACAUUUAUUUAGAAAUAA